CCUUUUCUUUCGACGGAGAAAUCAUUAUUAUAAACCUAAAAUAACAAACAAAAAGGGCUUAAAUAACAAAGGUUGGGGCUUUCUACCGAUAAAAACCAAUGGAAGCCCUUUCAAAAUCAACAAAGAAGGCUAGAGUUUUUUUUUUAAGAGAGGAUAGAGGGGAUAGAAAAGAGGAGACAAAUAAGUUAUUUAUCACACGACACAUUUAAAUACACGAGAUAACUCACUUAAGAAAAAAAAAUCAAAAAUCAAACAUCAUAACACAAACUGAGCAUGGUAAACAUGAGUUUAUAACCCAUUUAACCAUAUAAUCCAUUUAACUUUGAACACGAUCAUGAGGAUGACAUGACAUGCUUGUUACCUGACAAACCUCCAUUUAUUGCUCAUGCUUACUUAGAAAAAAAAAAAAAAAAAACAUCAACCAUCAACCACCACCUAACCGUCCAACACUUACAUAGUUACACCUAAAAAGUCUAAAACACUUCUAUUUUUUUUUUUAUUUUCUAAAAAAAAUAUAAAAAACAAGGUCAACAACAUACUCCAUAAAUACAUAAAAUAUUUCAAAUCAUAUAUUGUGAAUGAAUCAAGGGAACCAAAAAUUAUUGCCAAUUUGCCAGUCCUAAAUGGUUGUAUUGGUUGUAAACUUGUAAAUAACAAUAAUAAAUCAAAUUCUUACCAUUUCAAAUUAACAACAUUAACAAAUCAAUUAAUACAACGCUCCAAAAAUAAAAUAUUCAGUACGUAUAAAAAUUAAAGUACGACACAAUUUCAAAUCCCCCAAAUUUCGUCUUCUCCGCCAUUAUACUACUUUGAAGAACUCCAUUCAGCUCCUUCCCGUGAACAAACACAACGCCAUUUUUGCUCAAAAUUUUCUCUCUCCUUCAAAAAUGUUCUUCACUCACAAUCCCUAAACCCUAAUUCAACUCUCUCAGUUUCUCUCUACUCCAUCAACAAUGGCGACGGCAGCAUUCAGGUCGACGACUCGGCGAACAUCAAUCGGAGGAGACUCCAAUUCCAACUCCAGUACUAGUCGGAACUCCACAACAUCGUCGUCGCACCACCGCCGUUCACGGAGUGUCAGCCGCUUUUCGCACGGACUUCCGGCGGAGGUCUCGCCGGAGGAACCACCGUCGGCGAGUCGUAGGGGUAAAUUUGUAAAUACAGUACGAGGUUCUGGUGUUCCUGAAAUUAGUCUCGAUGAUCUUGCGAUUGAGAUGUUUUCGUCGAGUGAUAUUGGUGAAAGAGGGCGAACUACUUCUUAUGAGGUUUCUUCUGCGAGUAGAGAUGAUAAAACGGCGUCGCAUCGGAGAGGAAGGUCGGUUUCUAGGCGUGGGGCUAGGGUUGGUGAGCUGAGGAGUAAGAAUUUAGGUGAGAGAAAUGGCGAUUUUGAUGGUAGUGCUUCUAGAAGGAGGCGGUCGCUUUCUGUUGUUCGGAAUUAUCAAAUUAGCGAUUCUGAGAAUGAACACAUUCAGAAAAACAGGAGUCUUGUGAAAGCCAAAGAUCUUAACAUGUGGAGCAAACAAAAGCCUGUAAUGCAGCCAACAUCUUCUAAUCAGCAGAGAGGAUUGCGGAGGUCCUCUAGCCAGAAAGAUUUUUUGAGGUCGUAUGAUGGGUACUCUAGCUAUUCCUCCACCCUAACUGAUGAUGAAGGGAAUGAUGCUUGUUACAAUGCUAACCGGAGAACGAAGGACAUGCAAACUGCCUUCAAACAAAAUAAGGAACCACAGGCAAGUGGACAUGGGCAAUGGUCCAAAGCAUUGCAAAAAGAAUAUACAAAUCCUGCCAAAGAUAUUAGGCUAGAUUAUAGACAGGUUAAGGCUGAGAGCCAACUGUCAGAGUUGGCUAGUAACAAUGGUCUUCAGUCAACAGACUCUGAUGCUCUCAAGGCUGUUUCAACUGUCAGAAGGAAUUACAAGACAAAACUGGAAGAGUCUGAAAAGCGUAAACAAGAACUCCUUGCUGAAAUAAUGUUGGAGGAGGAGCGCGGUAAAGAGCUAAAAAAAAUUGUUGGAGAACUGCUUCCUCAUCCAAAGAGCACUCCUGUUAAAAGAGCUGCCAGAGGAAGAAAGAGAAGUACUGACACAACCAGAAUGCCUAAGCAAUUGGUAGAAGAGGCUGAUAAAAUUAUUGACGAAUUUAUUUCCAGUGUUGAAGAAACUGAUAUCUCAUCAUUUGAUGGUGAAAGGAGUGAUACCAGUUCUGUUUUUGGAGGUGCAGUAAAGCCUUUUAAAAGUCCAAUGAGAUCUGAUUUGCUUCCUGGUGAAAUGGAUGGGGUUGUUCUUCCUUGGUUGAAGUGGGAGACUGGUGAUGAUGGUACUACUCUUCUGGGCAGUGAUAAUAAGCAACAUCCUAAAACUCCAACAACUGUUCUACAGGGUUCACAGGAGAUGACUGCUGGGAAUGAGCAAGAUCAAAGUUCAAGUUCCAAAAGUAGCCGUGGGAGUUGGAGUCCUGGAGUUGCCAAUAGCUUCUCUUUGGAUGUAGGAAAAAAUAGCAAAUCUGGAGAGGUUGAGAGCUACAAAAGCCAACUUUUAUCUCGAGUGCCCAGAAAAUCGCUGGUGGAUAUAGAUGAUUAUCUAAAGCUUACAAGCAAUGAGGGUUUCCUUUCGGAAAGAUGGAUACAGCGGGAGAGAAUCCACUCAGGCGGUCUCCUUAUAUGUAAUAGUAGGUCUUCAGGAAAAUUUCUUUAUUGAAUAACUGCAGUAAUCCAUCCUAUAUCUUGGUGCAUUGGUCAGUAGUUACUGUAUUCCGACUGACUCCUGUCGAUUCUCAGAGUAAACCUGUGAGGCUAUGUAGUUAAUAUUAAGGUCUCGCUUGUUUAUGCUUUUACUUGUGUUGGGGUAUAUAUCUUGAAGCAAUCAUGCAUUCACCACACCUUGGCUGCUGUACAAAGUACUGUCGCUACUGGCGUUUAAUACCAUAUGCAGUUCUUCAUAGUUCUAUUUUC